AUGACAUUGCUGCGACGUCAAUCAGUCAUGCUGGCUACUUUAUUACUCAUUCAUGGUACAGACAGCUCGUUUGCAACAGUCUUUAGAGCAGUGGCGUUCUACGAGGACAGCGCAUGUUUUCAAACACCUUUGAAUAUGCAAGUCUCGAAUCUGUCGUCGAUCUGUAGUCCUCAAACUUGCAUUCGCAUUGAAUUUGGCGCUAAUCUGUACUAUUACACAACAGUGUGUAUGGACACGAGGACAAAUUCGCAUGCGUACAUUGCAGCAGCAUUCAAGGGUACAAGACACAUCGUCCUUGAUCGAUUCAAAGAGCCUAAUUGCAGUAGUGAAACAUACAUAGAGACGCAUGCGCUGCAAGAUAUGGCACACUGUGUACCUUACGCAAUUUCAUCCGUUUCACGAGCACAGAACGCCUCAGCUAUCGCUACAAUCAUUGAUGAUGACGCCGUCAACGUGCAGUUUUUUUCCUCCAGCAAUUGUAGUGUACAACCUGAAUAUAUUGCUUUACCAGACAAGACGAACGUGGCGUCACACAACUGUUACCAGGCCAGUCGAUUCUACAUCAGCAUUGACUCAAACUCAUCCAGAUCAAGUUCAUUCAGUGAUGGCAUUCCGUAUGCAUCAACAUCAAAUACAACCAUCAAGCCGUACAGUUCACAUCGAACCGUGCAAAGUUUUGCCAGUACAACCUUUGUUGGCGCAACCAUCGCAGUCUUGCUACUUGUGGCUAUUGGCUUUGUCACGUGGAAGAGGCAGUCGAGCAAACAGACAUCGCAAGGUGCACGAGAUACAGACCUUCAAGACAGUGUUGCUAUGCUGGAUACCGAUGAUAUGGUAUACUUAUCCAAGCCGCUACCCGGCCGUACAUUCUUACCUCAAAACGGUCGUACGUACACUUCAUUUCGAGAGCAAAUGACCACACAAUUGUUUGCUCCUCCGCUUUCAAGCUUUGGUUCAAGCUUUCAACGCUCUGAGGCUAGCUUUUUCACUUUAAAGGCUCAGACAUCGACACGAAUACGUCCAUGGGAAGAUGAUUUUGUCGUCGCAGCCCGUAUUCCACGUGAUAAAGUUGUGGUCGUACAAUUAUUAAGUCGUGGAGGUUUCGGCGUCGUCUACUCAGGACUAUACAAUGGUCGACGAGUAGCUGUUAAGAUGCUUUUACCAGACACUCGACGCAAUAUUUCUCACGUGAUUGACUUAUUGGCCGAAGUUAAGAUGAUGGCAUCGAUGGAACACGCUCAUAUUGUUGAGUUUAUUGGUGUCGCAUGGGAUUCUCUGGCAAACAUGUGCGUCGUAUCGGAAUUUAUGGCUGGAGGCGAUUUGCAAGCUUUGUUACGAGCGUAUAACGAGCAGAAAUAUCCAAUGGGUUUUAGCAGAGAAAAACUGAAGAUUGCACUUCAUAUCGCUCACGCUCUGACGUAUAUGCACUCAUUAGAUCCACCAAUUAUCCAUCGGGACCUGAAAUCCAAAAAUGUACUGCUGAGUGAAAAUAAUGAUGCAAAGCUCACAGAUUUCGGGACGUCAAGAGAGCGAGUGAGCGAGUCAAUGACUGGUGGAGUCGGGACAUGCUUGUGGAUGGCACCGGAAGUGAUGAUUGGCGAUCGUUACGAUGAUAAAGCAGACAUGUUUUCGUUCGGAGUCGUCUUGUCGGAGCUAGACUCCCACUUGUUGCCGUACUGGAAUGUCAAAGAUCCGACGGACUCGACUAGAAAAAUGCCUGAACCAGCAAUUUUGCAGCUGGUGGCCUCCGGAAAGCUUCAUGUUGAGUUCUCAAACGAGACUGUGAAAGAAAUUGUCGAGCUAGGCUCUGCAUGUGUUUCCCUGGAUGCUGCGACACGACCGACAGCGUCCUAUGCGCUCUAUACGCUUCACACGAUACUAGCACGCGACGUUGAAACGGCGGCAUAG